GGCCGGACGCCCGCACGCCUGGGUCCCCCGGCGCCGCGCCGCCAGGGGGCUGCGACCCGGACCCUCGGCGUCCGACCAACAAUAAGCGCCCAGACAGCCCCCUCCCCGCCCCGUGCCCGCCGUCCCCGCGGGCCUCGGGGAAAGUGAAAGGAGGAGGCGAAGGAAGGAAGGAAGGAAGGAAGGAAGGAAGGGAGGAGGAGGAGCAGGAGCCGGAGCCCUGAGGUUCGGGGCCGAGACCCCAGCCCCGAGCCCCAGCCGGGCGGGUGCGCGCACUCUCCCGCCGCUGCCCGGCGCCCACGACCAUGCUCCGCAGUUGGGAGGCAGGAACCCAGGCGCCCCGCGAUUCCCGGACACCCUCUCCCGGGCCGGGCUGGGAUUGAGAUCAAGGCGUCCAGGAUCAAAAGAUCACCGCCUGCCCGCCCUCUCCGCACCUCCAACUGUGAAUCAGAAGGACCCCAAGCCACCCACCGACCCUGACCUGGUCAUGGCGUCCAGCUCCGGCCUGGCGUGAGGAUCCCCGGACCCGAGCGAGGGAGCCCCCAUCCCGAGCCUGAGCCUGACACCCACUAGUCCCGAGGUGAGAGUCCGUGCUCCAGUACCGAGUACCUGGCUGGGCCCUGGGCACGCACAGGGGCCGUAGCCCCACUGUGUGUGGGAACCAUGAGGAUCCUGGCUAACAAGACAAGGUUACCCCAUCCCAGGAGGAGAGAAGCUCCGGGGAGCCCGCCGCUGUCCCCCCGCGGCCACUGCCCCCCUGCCCCAGCCAAGCCAAUGCACCCAGAAAAUAAACUGACCAAUCAUGGCAAGACAGGGAAUGCCGGGGCCCAGUCCCAGCACCAGAAUGUGAACCAAGGACCCACCUGCAACCUGGGCUCGAAGGGCGUGGGGGCGGGGAACCAUGGGGCCAAGGCCAACCAGAUCUCACCUAGCAACUCCAGUCUGAAGAACCCCCAGGCAGGGGUGCCCCCUUUCAGCUCGCUCAAGGGCAAGGUGAAGCGGGAGCGCAGCGUGUCUGUGGACUCCGGAGAGCAGCGGGAGGCUGGGACCCCGUCCCUGGACUCAGAGGCCAAAGAGGUGGCGCCGAGGAGCAAGCGGCGCUGUGUGCUGGAGCGGAAGCAGCCGUACAGCGGGGAUGAGUGGUGCUCCGGCCCGGACAGCGAGGAGGACGACAAGCCGGUCGCGGCCACCCACAACUGUAAUGUAGCAGACCCAGCCAUGGCGGCCCCGCAGCUGGGCCCCGGCCCAACUGCCCAGCUGCCCCUCAGCGAGAGCAGUGCACCAGGGCCCCCGCACGGCCCCCCGCCAGGCCUCCGGACAGAUGCAGCCGGGGGCGGGGGUGGCGGCGUCGGGGGCAAGCCGACCUCUCAGUUCGUGUAUGUCUUCACCACCCACCUGGCUAACACGGCUGCCGAGGCAGUGCUGCAGGGCCGGGCCGACUCCAUCCUCGCCUACCACCAGCAGAACGUGCCCCGGGCCAAGCUGGACCAGGCCCCCAAAGUGCCACCCACCCCAGAACCGCUACCCCUGAGCACGCCGUCAGCAGGUACCCCACAGUCUCAGCCACCUCCGCUGCCGCCGCCACCGCCGCCACCCCCAGCCCCCGGCAGUGCCCCCCCGGCUCUGCCCUCCGAGGGACCUCCUGAGGACCCCGGUGGUCAGGACCUGGCCCCCAACUCGGUGGGAGCUGCCAGCACGGGUGGUGGGACUGGGGGCACCCACCCUAACACCCCAACAGCUGCCACCGCCAAUAGCUCCAUGCCUCCCGGAGGAGACCCCGGGGCUGCCCCAGGCCCUGCCCUGCUGGGGGAGGCGGCCCCUGCGGGCAAUGGGCAGCGCAGCCUGGUGGGCUCCGAGGGCCUGUCCAAAGAGCAGCUGGAGCACCGGGAGCGCUCCCUACAGACCCUGCGAGACAUCGAGCGGCUCCUGCUCCGCAGCGGGGAGGCCGAGCCCUUCCUCAAGGCACCCCCAGGAGGAGCUGGCGAGGGGGGCGCCCCGGCGCAAGCCCCGCCUGCCCCCCAGCAGCCCACGGCGGCGCCCCCCAGCGGGCUGAAGAAGUAUGAGGAGCCCUUGCAGUCCAUGAUGUCGCAGACACAGAGCCUCGGGGGCCCCCCGCUGGAGCACGACGUGCCUGGACACCCCCCCGGCGGGGACAUGGGGCCGCAGAUGAACAUGAUGAUGCAGAGGCUAGGCCAGGACAGCCUGACGCCUGAGCAGGUGGCCUGGCGCAAGCUGCAGGAGGAGUACUACGAGGAGAAGCGGCGGAAGGAAGAGCAGAUCGGGCUGCACGGGGGCCGCCCCCUGCAGGACAUGAUGGGCAUGGGGGGCAUGAUGGUGAGGGGGCCCCCGCCUCCCUACCACAGCAAGCCUGGGGAUCAGUGGCCACCCGGAAUGGGUGGCCAGCUGCGCGGACCCAUGGAUGUCCAGGAUCCCAUGCAGCUCCGGGGAGGCCCUCCCUUCCCUGGGCCCCGUUUCCCAGGCAACCAGAUGCAGCGGGUGCCCGGGUUUGGGGGCAUGCAAAGCAUGCCCAUGGAGGUGCCCAUGAAUGCCAUGCAGAGGCCUGUGCGGCCCGGCAUGGGCUGGACCGAAGACCUGCCCCCUAUGGGGGGCCCCAGCAACUUUGCCCAGAACGCUGUGCCCUACCCAGGUGGGCAGGGGGAGGCCGAGCGAUUCAUGACCCCUCGGGUCCGGGAGGAGCUGCUGCGACACCAGCUGCUGGAGAAGCGGUCGAUGGGCAUGCAGCGGCCCCUGGGCAUGGCAGGCGGCGGCAUGGGGCAGAGCAUGGAGAUGGAGCGGAUGAUGCAGGCGCACCGGCAGAUGGAUCCUGCCAUGUUCCCUGGGCAGAUGGCUGGCGGCGAGGGCCUGGCGGGCACCCCCAUGGGCAUGGAGUUCGGAGGAGGUCGGGGCCUCCUGAGCCCGCCCAUGGGGCAGUCUGGGCUGAGGGAGGUGGACCCACCCAUGGGGCCGGGCAACCUCAACAUGAACAUGAAUGUGAACAUGAACAUGAACAUGAACCUGAAUGUGCAGAUGACCCCACAGCAGCAGAUGCUGAUGUCACAGAAGAUGCGGGGUCCUGGGGACAUGAUGGGGCCCCAGGGCCUCAGUCCCGAGGAGAUGGCCCGGGUUCGGGCCCAGAACAGCAGUGGCAUGAUGGGCGGCCCGCAGAAGAUGCUCAUGCCCUCCCAGUUUCCCAGCCAGGGCCAGCAGGGCUUCUCCGGGGGCCAGGGGCCCUACCAAGCCAUGCCGCAGGACAUGGGCAACACCCAAGACAUGUUCAGCCCUGACCAGAGCUCCAUGCCCAUGGGCAGUGUGGGCACCACCCGGCUCAGCCACAUGCCCCUGCCUGCCGCGUCCAAUCCUCCCCCCGGGCCCGUGCAUUCAGCCCCGAGCCGGGGGCUGGGCAGGCGGCCUUCAGACCUCACCAUCAGUAUUAACCAGAUGGGCUCGCCGGGCAUGGGGCACCUGAAGUCGCCCACCCUUAGCCAGGUGCACUCGCCCCUGGUCACCUCGCCCUCUGCCAACCUCAAGUCGCCCCAGACCCCCUCCCAGAUGGUGCCCUUGGCUUCCGCCAACCCGCCAGGACCUCUCAAGUCGCCCCAGGUCCUCAGCUCCUCCCUCAGCGUCCGGUCGCCCACUGGCUCGCCCAGCAGGCUCAAGUCUCCCUCCAUGGCGGUGCCUUCUCCAGGCUGGGUUGCCUCGCCUAAGACAGCCAUGCCCAGCCCUGGGGUCUCGCAGAACAAGCAGCCACCUCUCACCAUGAACUCUUCUGCGCCCCUGGGCAACGUGGAACAGGGUGCCCUCCCACCUAGCGGCCCCCGGAGCAGCUCCUCCGCGCCUCCCGCCAACCCUCCCAGCAGCCUCAUGAACCCCAGCCUACCGUUCACCUCCUCCCCAGACCCCACACCUUCCCAGAACCCCCUGUCACUGAUGAUGUCGCAGAUGUCCAAGUACGCCAUGCCCAGCUCCACCCCGCUGUACCACAAUGCCAUCAAGACCAUCGCCACCUCCGACGACGAGCUGCUGCCCCCACCACCGCCUCCGCAGGGCUCUGGGCCAGGCAUCAGCAACAACCAGCCCAACCAGAUGCACCUGAACUCGGCUGCUGCCCAGAGCCCUAUGGCCAUGAACCUGCCAGGCCAGCAGCCCCUGUCCCAUGAGCCCCCGCCUACCAUGUUGCCCUCCCCCACUCCCCUGGGCUCCAACAUUCCACUGCAUCCCAACGCGCAAGGGACAGCAGGGCCCCCUCAAAACUCAAUGAUGAUGGCCCCUGGGGGCCCAGACUCCCUGAAUGCCCCCUGCGGCCCUGUGCCCAGUUCUUCCCAGAUGCUGCCCUUCCCCCCGCGGUUACAGCAGCCCCAUGGUGCCAUGGCCCCCACUGGGGGUGGGGGCGGGGGGCCUGGCCUGCAGCAGCACUACCCUUCAGGCAUGCCCCUGCCCCCAGAGGACCUGCCCAGCCAGCCCCCGGGCCCCAUGCCUCCCCAGCAGCACCUCAUGGGCAAAGGCAUGGCUGGGCGCGUGGGCGACACCUACCCACCAGGCGUGCUCCCUGGGGUGGCAUCCGUGCUGAACGACCCCGAGCUGAGUGAGGUGAUCCGGCCCACCCCGACGGGGAUCCCCGAGUUCGACUUGUCGAGGAUCAUCCCCUCUGAGAAGCCAAGCAGCACCCUCCAGUACUUCCCCAAGAGCGAGAACCAGCCCCCCAAGGCCCAGCCCCCCAACCUGCAUCUCAUGAACCUGCAGAACAUGAUGGCGGAGCAGACCCCUUCUCGGCCCCCCAACCUCCCGGGACAGCAGGGCGUCCAGCGGGGGCUCAACAUGUCCAUGUGCCACCCCGGACAGAUGUCCUUGCUGGGCAGGACAGGAGUGCCCCCGCAGCAGGGCAUGGUGCCCCACGGCCUGCACCAGGGAGUCAUGUCCCCCCCACAAGGCCUCAUGGCCCAGCAGAAUUUCAUGCUGAUGAAGCAACGGGGCGUGGGGGGCGAGGUCUACAGCCAGCCCCCCCACAUGCUGUCCCCGCAGGGCUCCCUCAUGGGCCCCCCGCCCCAGCAGAACCUCAUGGUGUCCCACCCCCUGCGGCAGCGCAGCGUGUCUCUGGACAGCCAGAUGGGCUACCUCCCGGCGCCGGGCGGCAUGGCCAACCUGCCCUUCUAGCGGUCCCUGCGAGGGCGGAGCUGGGGCAAGCUUGCAAAUAUGCUAACCUAAAGAAAACUUCCCCGCCGUGUUGGGAUGGCCUGGGUCCAGGG